AUGACUAACAUUGAAACUCAAAUCAAAGAAAAACUUAAAAGCAUCAUUGAUCCUGAUCUCCAUCAGGACAUCGUUUCUUUGGGCUUUGUUAAAAAUAUCAGUUGGGAGGGAAAAAACGAAGGUCUUGAUGUAAAACUCACAUUGGAACUUACCAGCCCAGCUUGUCCAGUUAAAGAAACUUUUAAGCAAGAUGCCGAAAGAUUGAUUAAAGAAAUUAAAGAAGUUGCUUCGGUAGAGGUUCAUUUAAGUUCUCGACAAAGGAAUCACCAAGAAGAAUCUUCCCUUCAAAGCGUGAAAAACAUCAUUGCCGUUGCAUCUUGCAAGGGUGGAGUUGGCAAAUCAACAGUGGCUGCAAUGAUUGCUUGUGAGCUUGCAUCACAAGGGUAUCAGGUGGGGCUUCUCGACAUUGAUCUGUUUGGUCCCUCCUUGCCCACCCUGUUUGAUGUUUCUAUCAACGGAGUUCAAGCUAAAGACAAGAAGCUCCUUCCUAUUGAAAAGGAAAUUAUUUUGCAAAAUGGCGACGCCAAUCUUUUAAAGUUGAUGUCUUUCGGCUUUUUGUUAGGAGACUCACCUGCUAUCAUGAGAGGCCCCAUGGUCUCCAAUUACAUCCAACAGCUACUCCAUCAAGUUGACUGGGGUGAUUUGGACUAUCUUUUUAUUGAUCUUCCUCCUGGCACGGGCGACACUCAAUUGACUCUCAGCCAAAGUGUGACAUUGGAUGGUGCUAUGAUCAUCACCACGGGUCAAUCCCUUUCUUUGGUGGAUGUGUCUAAAGGCAUUUUAAUGUUUGAGAAAGUCAAUGUGCCUAUUCUGGGCUUGGUGGAAAACAUGUCUUACUUCACCUGCCAUCAUUGUAAUGAAAAACACUAUCCCUUUAGAAGUGGGAAGGGCGAAGGUACAUCUCAGGGGGUAGAGGGAUUGAAAAACCGCUUUGGCAUUCCUCUCCUUGCUGAAAUUCCUUUCCUUGCCUCUCAAAAGAUUUUUUUUAAAAACUAUCAACCUCAAUCUUUGGCAAAGAAUAUGAUUGACAACAUGGCAAGGGAAUUAGGCAAGAAAACUUUUAAUAAAGCGCCUCAACCAGAAGUACAGUGGAACGAACAAGAACUUUUUGUCAAUGGGGAACAAAAAUUUUCUGUAAGCCAUCGAAAUUUAAGAUUCAAUUGUCUGUGUGCCCUGUGCGUGGAUGAAGUGACUGGGGAAAAAAAAAUCACUCUUAAGGAUAUCCAAGAAAACAUCUCGCCGCAAAAAGUUGAGCCAGUUGGUAACUAUGCUAUAUCCAUUAAAUGGAACGAUGGUCAUCACUCUGGGAUUUAUCCUUAUCGGCUUAUCGAAAAACUCAGUCAACAAAAAGCAAACGGUUAA